AUGGAUACCGUCAAGUGUCAGGGUCAACCCCGGGCUGCAUUCAAUGCGGCCCCGGAAAUCUCUUUCCGUGGUUGCACCGAAGAAUUGAUUGUGUGGGAAUUUGAGAAACAAGACAGCACCAGUCACCCCCGUCUCAGAAUCGCAACAGGCGGGAAACGACCAGUGUCGAGCGGAAGUAACAGUGUAUACUCGACUGAACUCGGUGGAAAAGCUGAUGCGUGGGUCAAAUGGAAGAAUUGA